AUGGGGAUAUUUGAUCGUAUUCGCAAGAUAUUUUCCCGUUCCGAUUCAUCAAGCACAAGUAGAAAUCGUUAUCCUCAUGAACAUGGAGCACGUUUACAUGGAUAUAAUAAUGAAGUAGCCACAGAAUUUAACCACGUAGUUCAGCGUUCAUAUCAAGUUGAACACAACCGACAUUUCAAUAUCUCUGCAAGCAGUCAAAGAUCUUCGAAUGUCAUUGAUAGGCCUUCAGCUACUGCCCCUCAUCGCUCAAAUACAACUUCAGUCGCGGCAAGGGAAUCAAAUACGUCACAUACACAACCAGAUAUCAACUUAGAAAGAGCGAAUUCAUGCAAAGGAUUUGCCUUACCCUUGUCAGGAAACGCAAUUCAUUCAGCCGAGUAUGUGAAGCUAACUAAUACAGCACAAAAUGUUUCGCAACCACCGCGUUUAACCGGAUCUCAUGAAGUUCAUGUCAAAGAUGAUAGUAAAAUUUCUAAUGAAAAUGACUAUGGGCAAAAAUACCAAAGACCAAGCGAAUCCAAGGCUAUCUCAGCGACGUACAGCACCACAAGUGUAAGCAAGAGCAAAGCACCAGAUCUCAACAUUUUGCAAAGAACAACGAAGCCAGAGUGUAGAAAACAAACAGCAAACCAGAAUACCUUGUCAAACAUGGCCAUGGGAAAUGUUGACAAAUAUGUAAACCCAUCGGAAUUUGGGCGGACCACAAGACUUAAAAUGCCGUCGACGUCUAUUUCUACGACCAGAUCAGGAAAUAGAGAGUACAGGUCUACAGUUGAGGUAGAUCGAAGCAGUAUGUCGAAAUAUCUAAUGCCAACCACUUCAGCAGCACAAACUGCUUCUAUUAAGUCUUACAACACGCCAGCCAUUUCACAGCAGGGUGCAACAUUUAACAAAAACAAUACAACACAAACAUCAAGCAAUACUAAGACUUCUGUAUUUGUUUGUAGACUACCAGAUCAUAACAGGGGAAUAGGGGCAUUUGGUAACACACAACAGAGUACAUCACUUAGCAAAACAGGAACAUCAAGCAUUACUACGACUUCUGCAUUAGUUCCUUCUCUUACACUACACAAAGUAGAAAGUCCUAAACUAUCGGAUCAUGGCAGGGGAUUUAGAGAGGUAUUCGGUAACUCACAGCAAGGUGUAAAGCUUAACAAAACCAAUACAGCACAAACAUCAAGUCAUUCUAAGGCUUCUGUUCAUGUUCCUCUUGUUACAUCAUACAAAUGUGGUAGCACUACAAUUCCAGAUCAUAUGAGUGCACCUAUGAAUUACAGACCGUCCAUUCCACAAUAUACACGCACUUACAUUGUUGAAGACAAGUUUGUAGAAAAACCAGGAGCAAGCCUUCCAGAUCCACCUGGAGUUUUGAUAUCUAGAUUUCCCAGAUUUGGUUUCUACCCCGUCAAAGGUGAGUUUAUAGUUAGUAUCUUAUUACACUGGCCUGUAGGCCAAGUGUCUUAA